AUGUCCUACAAAAUCAAAGAAUCAGAGUCAUUCAAUGCCUUCCAAGAACUCAGCGAGGGCGGUAACCGCAAAGGUAUUGUGGUUGCCGACUCCAAUGCCACUUGGAGAAAGUCUGGCAUGAUCUUUGAGUCCAGGUUCACUGUUUAUGUCAGAGCCUAUUCUGGUGCUAUGUAUAAAUGUCAAGUUGACAUCGAUAAAUUCUACUGCUGGUAUUAUCAAUCGCCAAUUCCGAUCAUUCUCUUGUACGUCAGAUACAGCCUUGCUACCAUGGUCGGCUGGCCCGGAAAGCCAGCAGAUGAUGUUGUCGGUUUCGUGCUGCCUGCUGGACUUUGCACCGCGCUUCUGUCAUUAUUGUUAAAGGCUGGCUAG